UCCUCCUAUUCCCACCUUCCACCUCCACUUCCUCCUCUCAUCGAAGCUAGCUGAUCUGCCAUGGACGCUCUCUCCUGCCUGGCGCCGCACGCCGCGCUGCUGCCGUGCGCGGCCUUCACCGACGCCGACAUCACGCGCGCGCUCCACUUCUCCUCCUCCAUGCCCGACACCUCCUCCUCACCCUCCUCAUCCUCCUCCGCGGCCUUCCUCGCCGACUUCUGCGGUGGUGGCGCCGGAGGAGGGUUCGUGGUGUCGGCGCCGCCACCGACGAUGCCGGCGAUCACCUGCGAGUCCGUUCUCGUGGCCGACAGCGCGCGCCCGUCGCCGGCCGGGCCUGCGCGGCGGCACCAGCAGCAGCAGCUGGGGCUGGGCCCCGCGGGUGGGCGCGCCGGGAAGCGGCGGUCGCGGGCGUCGAAGCGCGCGCCGACCACCUACAUCAGCACCGACCCGGCCAACUUCCGCCUCAUGGUGCAGCACGUCACCGGCGUCCAGGCCGACCCCGCCUCCCUCGCCGACGGCGCCGCCGGCAUCCUUCCCACCACCACCACCACUGCGCCGUUCGACGCCUCCUCCGGCCUCCACAUGCUCGACACCUUCGCCGCCGCCAACCCGCUGCUGCAAGCCGAGCAAGCGGCGGCGCUUCAGCAGCAGCCGUGCUUCCCCACGCUGGACUCGUCGUGGAGCGCCGUCAUGUACGAUGGCAGCGACCUCCUCUGAGCAUUCCUUCAUUCCCAGCUGCUGCUGCUGCACUGCAGUGCCAACACUAGUUAAUUAGGACGCCGCCGCCGACGACGACGACAUAGCUAGUAGAUUUCUUGCUCUCGAUCGCAGUGGCCGGCCUAGCUAGCUCUACAUCGAUCGAUCAAUCCACUACCAUUUCUUACUUGAUUAGUUUGUCGUUGGAGCCAAGAUCGUAUCGAUGAUGCUCGCUUGAUCAGGUUAAGUUGUUGAGUUACUGUAGGGUGUUACUACUAGUAUUAUUGUACAGCUAGCGCAUUAUGCAUGUCAUGUCGUCGUCCGUCGGUCAAACGGAGUGUGGCUGCUAUAUAUGCCCACAUUUUAUGCAGUAGUAGCUGUCUAUAGCUGAUCUCAGUUAAUUUAAUUUGUACUACGUGUAUGUCAAAGCUAAUUAGUCAGCAGUAAAACAUCAGUUUCUCUCGCAA